CCAGCCUCGCCCGUAUGGUCGAGUUCUACACUACAUUUCUCGGCGGCACCGUGACCUACGGCAACGAGAUGAUAUCUUUCAUCACCUACGACGACGAGCACCACCGCAUUGCCCUGAUCGGAGUUCCAGGCACGGAGGCCAAGAACCCGGCGAGCUGCGGCCUCGAGCACAUCGCCUUCACUUUUGAUACUCUGGAAACCCUGCUAUUGUCGUACCGGCACCGAAAGGUGCGUGGCAUCGAGCCCGUCUGGUGCGUCAAUCACGGCCCUAUUACCAGCAUCUAUUACAAGGAUCCAGACGGAAACAUGCUGGAGACGCAGGUCGACAACUUUGACACGAUCGAGGAGGCAACUGCUUUCAUGAUGGGCGGCGCCUUCACUGAGAAUCCUAUUGGUGUAGACUUUGAUGCCGAGGAGAUGAUUGGGGCCUUGCGCUCCGGCAAGGACGAGAAGGUGUUAAAGAAGCGGCGCGAGAUUGGCCCGCGCGGGCUGCCGGACUUUUCGAGCAUGUAGUGUCGCCCCAGCUUGGCUCCAGCUUGGCGCGUGUUUUUCUUUUUUCACUACU